AACCCAUAUUUCCUCCCCUCUCUAACACCAUCACUAAAUCCAUCAUCCUCCCUCCAAACAACAACAACAGCAACGACAACAACAAUAACGACUACAACCACAACCAGAACCACAACAAACACAUACAACAAAGAUCUUCCUAGAAAGAAGCCCGUCCCAUUUCAUUCCAUUGAGAUAGAGGGAGAUGGGUCAUGUUCUUAUCUACCUUCUCCUCCUCCCCUUACUCUUUACUCUUCUACUUUCCUAUCUGAUUUGGAGAAAACACAAUAAGAGAUCAUGCCAAACAUGGCCUGGAUUGAGACUCCCACCAGGGUCAAUGGGCUGGCCUUAUAUAGGAGAGACCUUCAGAUUCUACUCUCAAAACCCAAAUGUCUUCUUUGCCACUAAGCAGAGAAGGUAUGGGGAGAUAUUCAAGACCCAUUUACUUGGGUGCCCUUGUGUGAUGCUGGGUAGCCCAGAGGCGGCUCGGUUCGUGCUGGUGAACCAAGCCCACUUGUUCAAGCCCACCUAUCCAAAAAGCAAGGAGAAGAUGAUAGGCCCAUCUGCCCUCUUCUUCCACCAAGGGGACUACCAUACUAGGCUGAGGAAGCUGGUGCAGGGAUCCCUGUCGCCUGAGGCCAUCCGGAGUCUCGUCCCUGGCAUCGCAUCGAUCGCUGUCUCUGCACUGGAAUCGUGGGCUGGCGGUGCAGUUGUUAACACCUUUCAUGAGAUGGAGAAGUUCUCUUUUGAUGUGGGCAUUCUCUCCAUCUUUGGUCAAUUGGACUCCCGAUACAAAGAAGAGCUGAAGAAGAACUACUGUAUAGUAGAUCAAGGCUACAAUUCAUUCCCAACAAACAUUCCGGGAACUGCAUACAAAAAUGCAGUUUUGGCAAGGAAAAGACUAAGUGAGAUAGUGAGUGAGAUUGUGGAUGAGAGGAAAGAGAAUAGAGUUGUAGAGAAGGAUCUGUUGGGUGUUCUUAUGAAUUCAAAAGAUGAUAAGGGAGAUUUCCUGACCGACGAACAGAUCACUGAUAACAUUGUCGGCGUCCUCUUCGCCGCGCAAGACACCACGGCAAGUGUCCUAACAUGGAUUCUCAAAUACCUCCAUGACAACCCAAAACUUUUAGAAGGUGUAAGGACCGAACAAAUGGCAAUAUAUGAAUCAAAUGAAGGAGGAAAGCCCCUGACAUGGGCUCAAACAAGAAACAUGCCACUUACACGUAAGGUUAUACUAGAGAGUUUGAGGAUGGCAAGCAUCAUAUCAUUCACGUUUAGGGAAGCAGUUGCUGAUGUGGAGUACAAAGGAUAUCUGAUUCCCAAAGGUUGGAAGGUGAUGCCUUUAUUCAGGAACAUUCAUCACAACCCGGAAUUCUUCCCAGAUCCUCACAAGUUUGACCCUUCAAGAUUCGAGGUUUCACCAAAGCCCAAUACUUUCAUGCCAUUUGGCACUGGGAUGCAUGCAUGCCCUGGAAAUGAGCUCGCCAAGCUGGAGAUGCUGAUCUUCGUACAUCAUCUGGUGACGAAAUUUAGGUGGGAAGUGGUGGGACCCCAAAGUGGGAUUCAGUAUGGCCCAUUUCCAGUGCCUGUGCAUGGCCUCCCAGCCAGGUUUUGGAAGGAGUCAGGAAGCCAAUGACAUGGCAUGGGUGCCCAUGAUAGCAACUGGCACCACACAAUUACAAGGUUUUGGAAGGAAUUAGGCAGCAAGCAUUGACAUGGGGUGUAUGGAUAAUAGCAAUUGCCACCCCAUAAUCUCUCUCUCCUUAACUCACUCAUAUUAGGAAACUAAGUCUACUCUUUUGGUGUAUCUUGUUAUCUAUUUAUGAUCAACUACUUGUCAAUUUUAAUGGA